AUGUCUGGUGGACUCAUCUGCCCGGCUACAGUGCCAAUUCGAACCAAUGAAGCUCUCAGGGAAAACCGAAACCAAUUACACCCGGGCAAGGGAACGGUUAUUGUCCGACGACCCUUCAAGUAUGUGAAACAUCAAGGGCCGCGCCCGGUCGGUACCGGUUCCGCCUCGACGUUCGUGUUUUCCGCUGCCAACGGUCCAGCGAAGAUCCGAGCGCUAUCAAUCAGACCUGGUUCGAUGGCAACCACUCACGAACGAUCCUCUCACCACGGCUCGAAGUCCGAGAGAGCACAGACUGUGGCCGUGGAUCCGGAAAAUAGAGGUCGGAAAAACGAACGUGCAUUCGGACCGCCGGUCUCGCGUCUCCUAAGCUCACGCAAGCUCAACCUAUCGGCCUUGGACAUCUCUGCAUGCCACAAGAGAAAAAGCGCUCAGGUCGAAGUGGUUCGGGAUGAGCUCACCAAUCCCCUGUAUCAGACCGACCCGAGCCUGGCCAAGUCCCCCGGUACGGCCCGCCUCUGGGACUGGUUUUCCCAAGGCCGAACCUCCUGCUUCUCCGACUGGUCCAACUCUGCCCCUACCUCCAGUCGCCGCUCACUCACUGUCUGCGAAACACCCACACAGCUCUAUCCCCCCAAGUCGUCCAGAGAAAUAGCCCACAAGAAGAGGAUCUCGAGCGGCCCUCAACUCCCCAUGUCCCUCACGCGUGAGUCGAGGGCUUUCCAGACUCGCAGUCGAAGCGAUUUCGGGCUCUCGAAUUACAGCUAA